CAUUGUCAUACGUCAUACUGUCCAAGUCCAAUUUCAAAAUAAUCGUUUGAUAACAAAUAACAAGGAUUGUUUAUGAUAAAAAAAUAAUUAGUUUGUUGUAUUUUUGAUAAUAAAAUGGGCGACGAAGCUCAAACUACAUCUACCACAGUGUCUAAAGAAAUCACAUCACAACCCAAUCAAGAUGAACUGAUUCUUGCCCAACAACGCCAAAUAGAAAAAGAGAUUUCAGAUUCCACUACCCUAGUAGGUGAACUAGAACCGAUUAGUUCCCUCAACAAUGAAUAUUCUUCGGAUGAGGUGUAUUUGGACAAAGUGAAAGAUUUAGGAGAAAAAUACAAAUUCAUUAGGAGAACUAGACCUGAUGGAAACUGUUUCUUCAGAGCAUUUAGUUAUGCCAAUAUUGAAAGACUGCUAAGUAAAAAAGAGGACUAUAACGAGUUCUAUAGAAUAUCUGAAGAGAGUAAAGAUGUGUUGGUGUCUUUAGGAUUCCAACAAUUCACUGUUGAGGAUUUUUAUGAUACAUACAUGGAAGUACUAAAGAAACUGAAAAAUAUUGAAAACCUAGAUGAAGCUCAUAAAGAGUUGCACACAACUUUCAAUGAACAAGGAUUUUCAGAUUAUAUGGUAGUUUAUCUAAGACUUCUAACUAGUGGGCAGUUACAAAAAGAUCAGGAUUUUUAUAGCUGUUUUAUUGAAGGAGAUAGAACUGUCACUGAUUUCUGCCACCAAGAAGUAGAACCUAUGUACAAGGAAAGUGAUCACAUCCACAUUAUAGCAGCCUGUGCUGCUCUCAAUACAGGAGUACGAGUAAUCUACAUGGAUAGAGGAACAGAGAAGUCUUGCACUGCCCAUGAUUUGCCAGAGGGAUGUAGCCCCACUGUCCAUCUGUUGUACCGCCCUGGGCACUAUGACAUUUUGUAUCUCUAGAUAUUUUCUAUGUUCCAAGGUUUUUCAUUAAAUGCAUUUGUUAAGAAGCUUA